AGCCAGAAGUGGCGCAGAUCGAAUUUCGAAAAACCGCAGAGACCGCACGCGAACUUUUCUCGAAUGCUGCUAAUUAAGGAUAUACGCCUUUCUAAUGUGUAGAAGGAAAUCGAAAUUUGAAACUUACGUCAACCGCGUAAUUUUAAUUUUCUAACUAUCGCAGCGUCGAUAAUAUGUUUCUCGCAUAUAAAAAUACAGCAACAACGCUCGCUAAUUUUGCGAAAAGAAUCAAUAAAUAGAAUACGUUAAAGCUAUCGCCAUCUAGCGGUAGUCGUGAACAUCGAAGGAGUGGCUGGUGAGUGAACUGUCAGUGCUAUGCCGUGCUUGCAGUGUUUGACGCGCAGAAGUGCAAGGACGCCGCUCUUCGCUGAACGCAAUCCAAAAUCGUCUCACUGACCUACGCAAUAUUCCGUAAAACACCUGUGGGUAGGUGUAUAGCAGCCAUGUUACAUAUCUGCAUAUAGAUAUACUCUGUACGCGAGCUGGUCCUUGUUUCUAUACAACAAAAAUUUGAAUCAAAAAAAGAGAGAUGGCUUCUCUGGUUGGAAAUUAUCAACAUGAGCGAAAUGAAAAUCUGGACGAGUACUUCAAGGCUGUUGGAGUACCAUACAUUCCUAGAAAAAUGAUGGGGAUGACAAGUCCUCGCCUUGAAAUCCAAAAAAAUGAUGAAGAAGAUAAGUGGACCAUCCGCACAAUCACCAUGAUGCGUACUAGUGAACUAGUAUUUAAAAUUGGUGAAGAAUUUGAAGAGACAAUGGCUUCUGGGGUUGUUUUAAAGAAUGUUGCAUCACUAGAAGAGGAUGGCAGUUUAGUUAUUCACAGCACAGCUCAAGACGAUACAAAAGUUACAAGAAAGUAUGAACUCAAAGAGGACCAAAUAAUUUUGACAAUGACUCAUGAACAAAGCGGACAGGUCGCUAAACGUUAUUUCAAGAAAAUCCCAUAAGAAAUGAAAUGAUACUCGUCCAUGAUUUUAAUUACUUGCUUUCUGCGCACACCAUAUAGAUCUCAAAUGAUCAGUGAUUCUACAAUAUAUCUAAAAUGUAUUUUGAGAGCUUUGCUUACAAGACUUAUACUUUGAAAGUACUAUUUAUGUAAUAUGUAGAUUUUAUAAAUCUUAGCAUCUUAGCUUUUAGCUUAAACUAUAUGUACACAUACAUGAAAAAUAUUUUUGAAUAUAUUUUAUAUGUUUUAUAUUACUUAUUGAAAUUAAUGUUAAAACUUUAAAAUAAAUGUGAUCAAUAAAAUUUCAAA